GUCGUCGUCGGUGGUGGAGAACUCCAGUCGGAGGCCUCAGAGGGGCCGGAAACUGCGAUGCAUCACUGCAAACGUUACCACUCGCCGGAGCCGGAGCCCUAUAUGAGCCACAGAUGGAAGAAGCGGCGGUCCCGUAGCAGAGAGCACCACGAAGGAAGACCGCGGUAUCCAGCCCGCCGGGAUCUUUCUAGGAGAUCGCGUUCUAGAAGUUGCUUCGUAAAUCAGCCUGCCUGCCCACUCAGUCUGGCCGUCUCUCCUCUGACCUGCUAUUGGCAAGAGAGAUUGCCUUACCAGAGAGGGUACCGAGAGAGGACCGACAGCGAAGUCCACAAGUUUGAAGAGCAAAGCCCGUCUUUUGUAGAGGACUAUUACUCUGCCCGUCGUUCACGUCAUCACCGGAGAUCUCGGGACCGAGAGCGUCACCGGACCAGGAAGCACCAGCAUCGUUGUCGGAAACGCAGGACCAGGUCUUGUAGCAGUACCUCCUCGAGAAGCCAACAGAGCAAUAAGCGCAGCAGGAGCGUGGAAGAUGACAAGGAAGGUCACCUGGUGUGCAGGAUCGGCGAUUGGCUCCAAGAGCGAUAUGAAAUUGUUGGGAGCCUCGGUGAAGGGACUUUUGGCAAAGUGGUGGAGUGCGUGGACCACGCCAGAGGCAAAUCUCUGGUAGCUUUGAAAAUCAUUCGAAAUGUGGGCAAAUACCGUGAAGCGGCCAGACUAGAAAUUAAUGUCUUAAAGAAAAUUAAAGAAAAAGACAAGGAAAAUAAACACUUGUGUGUCUUGAUGUCAGAUUGGUUCAACUUCCAUGGCCACAUGUGCAUUGCUUUUGAGCUCCUGGGCAAGAACACCUUUGAAUUUUUGAAAGAGAAUAACUUCCAGCCCUACCCCCUUCCACAGAUAAGGCACAUGGCCUACCAGCUCUGCCAUGCCUUGAAAUUUCUGCACGACAACCAGCUGACCCACACGGAUCUCAAACCUGAAAACAUCUUGUUUGUAAACUCGGAAUAUGAUAGCUUGUACAAUGAGAAAAAGAACUGUGAGGAGAAAUCCAUCCGGAACACAUGCAUCCGGGUAGCGGAUUUUGGGAGUGCCACUUUUGACCACGAGCAUCACACCACUAUAGUGGCGACUCGGCACUACCGCCCCCCAGAGGUGAUUUUGGAGCUGGGCUGGGCACAGCCUUGUGACGUCUGGAGCAUUGGCUGCAUCCUCUUUGAGUAUUACCGGGGAUUCACACUUUUUCAGACUCAUGAGAAUAGAGAACAUCUAGUAAUGAUGGAGAAAAUCCUUGGCCCAAUCCCACAGCACAUGAUCCGCAAAACUCGGAAACAGAAGUAUUUUCACAAAGGAGUUUUAAUAUGGGAUGAGAACUCUUCUGAUGGAAGAUACGUGCAAGAGAACUGCAAACCACUACAGACGUACACGCUCCACGAUUCCUCUGAACAUCUGCAGUUGUUUAGUCUGAUGAGGCAAAUGUUGGAGUUUGACCCUGCGCAGCGGAUCACGUUCGCCGAAGCCCUGCUCCACCCCUUCUUUGCCGGCUUAUCUCCAGAGGAAAGGCGGCUGACUUGCAGAGAUUCAAGCCGCGAUUUAAGCAGAUGACGGCCGGGAAGAGGAGGGGCGGUCACAGCAGGACAUGUAAAUACGCUGAGAUUGGUCUGACCUCUGUGGGGAACAACUCCAACUCCAAGAAUCCCCGCAUAGCACCAUGGACUGCGGUGUUGGUGCGAUCUCAGAUUGGACACCGGGCAGGAGAGGGGAGUGGGACUGCAGCCCAGAAGCACAGAUUUGUCUCAUAUUUAUAUGUUGUAAAGUUCAAAUAAAGUGUUUCAUAUUGUUUGAUAAUUUA